CAACGCAAUGGCACUGAUGUAGAUGCAGGAAACGUAAUGAAUGUGUUUCGAAAGCUUGGAUACUCUGUGAAAGUUUAUAAUGACCAAACAGUAAUGCAGAUUAAGCAGGUUUUAACAGCAGUCGCCCGUGACGACCACAGUCGCUGUGCAUCAUUUGUAUGUGUGAUGCUCAGUCAUGGAGACGAGGGGGUGUUUUAUGGCACUGAUGGCUCUCUGGAGCUAAAGUCCUUAACUAGCCUGUUCAGAGGAGACCGCUGCCCAUCGCUAGUGGGAAAGCCUAAACUUUUCUUCAUACAGGCUUGUAGAGGUACAGAGCUGGAUCCCGGUGUGCAGACUGAUUCCAGUAGCAGCUCAGAUGGUCCAGUGAGGAUCCCUGUGGAGGCAGACUUCCUUUAUGCGUACUCUACAGUACCAGGUUACUACUCUUGGAGAAACACCAUGACCGGUUCGUGGUUCAUUCAGUCUCUCUGUGAAAUGUUAGCAAAGUAUGGCAAAGAACUUGAGCUCAUGCAGAUCAUGACCAGGGUCAACAAUAAAGUAGCGUACGACUUUGAGUCGACCUCCAACAUGCCUGACUUUGACGCUAGGAAACAAAUCCCCUGCAUUGUCUCAAUGCUCACUAAAGAGAUGUACUUCAACCCUUAAAGGUACAAGCGAACUUUAAAGCAUAUGAUAUAGAUUUAGGGGUUGAGUUUAAAAGUGUAAGACCAUUUUUACAUACAGUAGGGAUAGGGAAACUGUUUUUCAAAUCUACUUAUUUACCAGAAGCAUUAGCUGAACAUGCAUAGCUUGGGAUUUCUCUCCCAGGACUGUUAUUGUUGAUGUUUUCCCUAACAAGUCUAAUUGGAAUUUAAAGUUUUGUACGUAAAAUUAGGUGCUCAGGUCUUUUACAUCUUUUGAGUAAAUACCAUUUAAUUGUUACCUGCCACUGGUUUUCUUAUAAAAUAAAAUAAAAUAAUGAAUUUAAAAAAGGUGGCAGAUUUAUAGAAAUCAGGGAUUUUGACAAACUGUAAUGUGUAAUUGCACUAGUUUGACUAAAAGGGAAUCAUAGGUGGGCAUUAAAUCAGUUAAAAGCAAUGGACGGUGAGAUUCCUCUAAAUUGAAGGGAAACCAGUGUGCCUGUUUUAUUGUGAAAAGCAAACAACAAUCAGAAGUAUUUCUGAUGCCUCUCACUGAGCCAUGUUAACAGAUUUUGAUAACUUCUAAAAUGUAAUAUGUAGUUUUCCAUGGAGACACAAUAAAUGCAUUAUUUACAGAUAUACUUUGUUACAUGAAGCUGUGGAAGGUAGAAGUGACAUCCAGUCCACUACCACAGAAAAAUGUGUACAAGUCUGUGGGGCAACACUCUUUUUGUUGUAAUGGUCAGCAUCAGUGACCUGAGAAAAACACUGUCAUGAAGACUUUUUUUCCGUUGAGGUUAUGCAUGCAUUGUGUAUGUGAUGAAUUUCUAAUUAUGCAUACAUGAAAAAAACACGUUUCAUGUUUAUUGUACAAUCAUUAAUAUAUGAUGUUUCUUUAUGUAAUUAAACAGCUCUGUGGUGGACUGGGUGAUUGGUCAAGA